AUGGCACCGGAUGCUGAAGAUUACACUUUCUUGUGUCCUCCCAGCAAGGAGGAUCAGGAACAGGAACCAGUUUACCGCGCACCCUCUCAUUACAACCCUCAUCACACUUUCCAUCUACCAGCCGGCGCAGGACGACACUAUCAGCAGCAAUAUGGCGACCUAUACUUUUUGCGACUCGCAAAGUUGAAGCCCACCGUCGAAAAAGUUGCGAAAGAUGCGUGGGAUGGACUUAUUAUUGCUGGAGAGAAGGUGCGACGUGUUGAUCGAGUACUCGAUGUCCGACAAGGCGAGCUGUGCUGGGUCGCCGGUACCGUAUACAUGGAUUUGCCCAUGAAGCCGAAUAUUUUGGACGACCUCAGCAAAGAGAACUUCACCUCUGCUCCACCUCCCCGCCGCACCUACACUGAUCCUUCCAACCCAUCUUUGACUCAAAUUAUGAUGGAAGAUGAGUCCGGCCGCUUACGGCUCACUGGGAACUUCUUGCAGUCUACACAACUGGCGACUGGUGCCAUUAUUGCAGCUUUGGGAACCGAAAAUGCGAAUGGAGAUUUCGAGGUUAUUGAUAUCAAACUCCCGGAUCUGGCUCCCCAGCCUCAACGAUGGGAGGGCAAGUCUCCAGAAAAUGGAGUUGCAGUUUCUGGAAAGGAACAUGGCAAAAUAGCCUUCGUCAGUGGCCUGGGAAUCACAGGAACAUCGAGUGACACGCUUGCUUUGGAGCUAUUGACAGAUUAUCUUCUGGGCUACACAGGAUUCUCGGGAGAUGAAGACAACAGCCCAUCCUUAAGUUCCUCUAAAAUCACCCGUUUGGUCAUCGCAGGUAACUCACUUGGAGCCAGCGUAGUUGGCGAUGUGGCAUCAACAAACUCUGGCACUGAUGAGGCAACAAAAGCACACCCGAAAAAGUAUGGUUAUGACGCCUCUGCAUACAAUCCCGCGCCUAUCACAGAGCUCGAUAACUUCUUGGCGGAGAUCUUGCCCAGCAUCCCUGUCACGCUCAUGCCGGGCGAAAAGGAUCCCGCGAACUUUUCUCUCCCCCAGCAGGGGAUCCAUCGUACUAUGUUCCCUCAAGCAAGGGUAUAUUCCGCACCUCCGCCCAGAGGAGAUGACAAGCCCGAGGCGGGCUGGUUUGACAGCGUCACGAACCCCUGGGACGGGGACGUAGAAGGCUGGCGACUGUGGGGAUGCAGUGGUCAGAAUGUUGACGAUGUUCUGCGGUAUAUCAGUAUUGAGGGCGGCGAUAGCAGCCCAGAUCAGGAGUCCGAUUCCGAUGCUCGGAUGCGAAUCAUGGAAGCCAUGCUCCGUUGGCGCUGUGGUGUUCCCACUGCGCCAGACACAAUUUGGUCAUAUCCUUUCCAGUCCGAUGAUCCAUAUGUCAUUGAGUCCUGUCCGCAUAUCUUUUUCGCUGGUAACCAACCUCAGUUCAAAACUGCCACGAUUCAGGGUGACGUUUCUCUCCGCCUAGACGGGGACACUGAGAUGAUUGGUGCUGCUGAUGGCUCUGAUGCACCCCGUGUUCGGCUGCUGGCACUUCCCAAAUUCAACGAAACCGGGGAGUUGAUUUUGGUCGAUACCGAGACGCUAGAGGUUGAGGUGGUCCGGUUUGGAGUUUUCAAGGGUCAGGAAGAACAAAAAUGA